AUGCAUUUUCGAUGGGGGACGGCUUUGCAUUGCACUGAAAGUGAAUGUGCUCAGGCGUUGUUGUUCAGUGGUUUUUCCAAACCAUACAUUCUAAAACGCAAUUUCAUUGGAUACACAUUUGGGUUUGUAUUUUUAACCUCCUCACUGGUCGCGACGGUGUACGAAGGGUGCUUAAUGUUCUUUACGAUCCGUAUUCAUCGUGAAGUGGAUGAGGUAUCGCGUUUGGCAGGCGUGGAUACUGGCUUUCUCACUCCCAUCCAUCGUUGGGCAUUUCAACAACGUCAAGGGGUGGGGGUUUUAGAAGGGCACGAGGCACUAGGCGUGCAGGGUGAACGAAAUUCGGUAUUAACUACUAUGUCGUGGGAUGCUUUCUUAGAGAUGAUCUGCACUUACUUAAACAAGGCGAAAAGGCUCAAGUUCUACAAUGAGCCACUAGACGUGUUGCGAGCCACCCAGGCUCAAUUGCAGCGUGAAAACUUCCUUGUUGCGGUCUACGAUAGUGGGAUAUUAGAUCGUGGUACCCUGAGCUUUUUAGGCCCUGAUGCGCUCUCUUUCGUCGUUUCCACAAUGUUCGACCACUUCAACACCGUAUAUAUGCGUUAUGAGAGUAUCUGGAUGAUUCGUGGUUAUCUACUGAUCUAUAUCAUUGUGCAUCUGUGUUUAUUUUUAUUUACUACAACCUAUAUAAUCCUGAAGGUUUUACUGAAAAACGCAGGUCAGUUCAAGUCGAACUACAGGGAGUUUUCACAGAAUGAGUGGAAUCACUCGGCUUUCUGGCGGUUUCGCCUUUUCAACGAGGUUGACCACCUGCAUCAGAGUCGCCUUGUUAAUGCACGUGAUAUAGCAGCACGAAUGUUCUCACACCUUUCCGUUUCCGACAGCAUGAACCGCUUGAUGCGGCGGAUCAGCAGUACGUUUAUUUUUAUUUAUAUAGUUCUUUCCUUUCUGAACUCUUCUUUGCUUAUCAAUGGACAUUUUGCGGGUCUUUCUUUUGUGUGGUGGCUGACAAUCUCGCUUUUAGUUUACACCUCGUUAUCUGUGAUUGAUCCACGCGAGCGGGAGUACGCUUAUAUGGAGGAUCUGAAGAGACUCGUGAGCAUUACCCACUUCUCCGCACCGGAGUGGUACGUCUCCGGGGACUCUUUUUAUUACCACCUCUCGAAGCACUUUUUUAAUAGCCUUUUUCAUAUCAUCCUGAAGGACCUCUUCUGCGAUACGAUGCAGCCCUUUUUGCUCCUGCGGGCUCUUUUUGAUGGGAGCGUGGAUAAUUUGUUAGAGUUCAUCCGUCGCUCAUCGGUUUUUGUGGAGGGGGUUGGUUCGGUCGUUCUGGGGAGCACCUUUGAAAGGAUGGGAAGCCAGGCAGCGCUUUUGGGCGAGGUGAGCGAUCUCGAUGAUUCAUCAAGCUUAGUCGUUUUACCAUCGAGCGUAAAAAUAAUGGGGAAAUUCCUCAUGUUUAAAGGGACUGGUUUAAGAAGAAACGUGAAGUUCUACCAGUCCAUUGCCAGCUUCGCCGCGGUGCAUCCUCGGUGGAUGGCAAAGCAGAUAGAGGACGCUGGAGACGCACCCGAUCCUCUUCAGGCUUUUUUAAAAGAGCUUCGUGGGUCUGUGGAGAGGAAUUUAAACGAUUUUUCACAUAAUCAACAUUCCGAUUUGCAGAAAUCAUGGAAUCCUUAUUUUAGUGUACAAAGUAACCAUGAAAAUAAAUUCUUGGAGGACAGCAGCCCGGAUUCUACUCAAGGAUUAGAUCCGAUAAUGACAUCACAUGAACGGGAACGUUUGUUUGUUGCUCAGCUAAACUUUGGCAAGACGUUCGCUUAUGCUUCUGCAUGCGGAACUUAUAGUAGGGAUAUACACAGUGCGUACGAUAAACAAUAG